AAGAGGAAAAAAAAUCAAACAACUUUGUUUGUGAGUCACUCUUGGCCGAGCGAGCAGGGCUGCGCUCUGUGCAUCAGGCUGGCACAUCCCACCUCGCACGGACGAUGCUGCCGGGAGGCACCGCCGGCGGCUCUGACUCAGCCCACCCUCAGCACAGCCCCCUUCCAGCUCUGCCCACCUCGCUGCCGGUGUCUGUACCCUGCGAGCAGUGCUGGAAGCCCGGGGACAUCGGAAGCACAGCGUGGCAGAAAGCACUGUCGCUUUGAAGUGGCCUCGGCUGGUCACCGAGGACCUCGGUGCAGCCUGCACGCACCCUGGGGACACAUCCUGCCUGUCACUUCGGCAGAGCCGCUUCCUCGGCCACGGGGUUGUUCCAGCACCAGCGUGCCCGGGCUAUUUCCGAGAAGCUGCCGUCAGUGCCAGUCCUGGCUGGGGAGCCCCAUCUUGGUAGCCCUCGUGCUUGCACGGAUCCAGCCCUCCUGGGAGGCAGGAAGCUGACCUGGCUCAGCCCCUGGUGCGACCCACCGUGCCCCUCGAUGGGGCAGCUGGCCCCGCGAUGGAGCAGCAGGGAGAGCGUCUGGGCCGGGCUGGGGCUUUCCCAAAAAAGGCCUGAACUCUUCGGCUCCAUCCAGGAGGCGGCAGGGACAGUAGCCAGGGGGUCUCACAGCUCACCCGCGGGCUGGGAGGAGCUGAGAGCGGCAGAACAGCCCCUGAAACACGACCCAACGCCGUCCACCGUGUAUGAGGCUGGGGCACAGUACGCAGGACCCGCGUCCACAGAGUCACUCCUUCCGAUGUCCCGGCAUGAGACUUCUCCGACAACGGUGCAACCCGCCAGCAACCACCGCCCCAACGCCUGCUGCUUCUGCUGGUGCUGCUGCUGCAGCUGCUCCUGGAACGAGGACCGAGAGCGAGCAUGGAGGGCAUCCCGGGAGACCAAACUGGAGAGCAUCCCAAACUGUGAAGCGUGUGCCAAACCCACGCCGGAGGAGGUGCAGGGCUGGGCACAGUCCUUCGACAAGCUGAUGAAGAGCCCGGCGGGGCGCAACGUCUUCCGGGAGUUUUUGCGGACUGAGUACAGCGAGGAGAACAUGCUCUUCUGGCUGGCAUGUGAGGAGCUCAAAACCGAGUGCAACAAGCACACCAUCGACGAGAAGGCCAGGAUGAUCUACGAGGAUUACAUCUCCAUCCUCUCUCCCAAGGAGGUGAGCCUGGACUCACGGGUGCGGGAGGUCAUCAACCGGAAGAUGCAGGAGCCGUCCUCGCACACCUUCGACGACGCACAGCUCCAGAUCUACACGCUGAUGCACAGAGACUCCUAUCCCCGCUUCCUGAACUCUGCCAUUUACAAAUCGCUGCUCCAGACCGUCUCCCACUCCUCCUCGGAGUCCUAAGGGCACCCACUAGCCGUGGGGACACCAGUGGGGACAUGGUGGCCGGGGCGGUCAGUGCCUCCUCCCCUCUGCCGCCCUCCUUGCCAGACCUCACCAAGUUUUUAGCUUUUUACCUAUGAACUGUCACCCUGGUGUCUGGGCCACACUGCAGGACUGUCCCCAGGACGCAGCCUGGGCCAGUUCAUACUACUGAUUCUCUGCCCUGUCCCCAGAGCUGGCCAGAGCGAGCUGGGGGAGCACGGGACAGCACCCAGGGCCUGGCUCUCCCCACACCAUUUGGAAGAGGUCACUUUAUCCCAUCUCCACCACACCUGGGGACAUGGCACGUCCCCAUUUGCCACCUGAGACCCAGUUGGGGACCGGGUUGGGGGUUUUUUGAGGUGGGGGGAGGUCGACUGUUGUUGGUUUGGGUUUGUUUUUUUAAUUUUAAAUGCUCUUUUGGUUGGCUUUUACUGGGGGACUUGAGGUGCGGGGGGGGGGGGGGUUGACGAGCAUCUCUGUACAUAUAAAAACUUGUCAGGUUUACCUGGUUCCAGCUGUUUGAGGUGGCCCACAGGGCAGGGGGGUGGUGCCAGAGGCUGUUUGUAUUCCUGGUGGGGCAGAGCUCUGAGGUGCCAUAAGGGACCAUGGGGAUGUGCUGGGGGGUGGGAAGGAGAUGUCUUACAGCUGCCUCCCCUGCCAGUCCCCAUGACACAUCAGCACUGCUUCAGCCCCAGGACGCCACACACUGCCACCCCAAAUCCUCCCUCCUUGGUUCAUGGACCUCAGAGAGGGGGAAAACACCUGUGCAGGCAUAGUUUGCCCUCCUGCAGAACCCACAGGCACCAGGAUGCCUGCAGGAGAGAGCUCCCAGCUGGCCCAGGCCUGCUGUGCCAGCAGGGAGAAGCCCAGGGGUCUACCUGGGUCCCUCACUGAGCAGGGACCUGGGCUCCCAUCACGCAGGAUGGGAAGUGUCACGGGGGGGGAUAGAGAAUUCCCAUGUUUUUGCACAGCACAAGGAAUGAUUUACUGAAUACUGACUCAGUAUUGAAGGCUCAGUAUCCAGGAUUAAAACACGUCUGUCCCUGCCCUUCACACUGAAACAAAGCCAACACAAGGGUUUUGCUGCCAGUCUUUGCUUCUCCUGAUCCACCACAGCAGUUUCUUAUUUAUCCAUCCCUUCCCCUCCUCUCUUCAGCCCUUCCAAAAGAAAAAAAAUGCUUUUUAUUGAACAUAUUUUUUAAACAAACCAA